GGAAGGAACAUUGACUUUCUAAAGUAAUUUCCAAACUAUGCCAAAAAAGGACACCCAGAAUGAGCUUUUUCCUGUAUUUUUAACACAAAAUUAUUAAUUUUACCACAUUCAUAAAUUGGAACUUAACACAAUGCUAAAGGUUAGUAGAAGUAUUAUUUUACAGGUUAUCAACAUGAGAAACAGACCUUGAGUAAUUAUUCCAAACUUAGAAAUCCAGUAUGUAUAAGAAUUCAGUGUAUCCAUGGCCUAGCUUCCUGAGUCACGUGGCUUUUUCUCUUCGGAGUCCAAAUGAAACUUCACUGCCCUUACAGUAAACUGAAAAUUAUCGGCAGAGGGAGGAACAUAAGCUCAUUUGCUUUUAGGAAACCCCAAUUCACGUGUAAAGUAACUGUAAGACAUUUAUACAAAAUAGAAUUCCCUUUUGUUCCUCAGUUUUCCUAUUUUUUUAAGAGCAGCAAUAAUGAGGCAUACUCAAGAAACAGCCCAUUAUAAUUGUAUAUAAAUAUACGUAUAAUUAUUAUUGCUGGCACAUAGCCAACCACCUUUUCCUUAACCUCUUACUAACACUUAGGGGAAAAAAAACCCUAAUCAUGUACCCAACUUGAUAACCAGAAGAGUUUUUCCUCCAAGUGCUAAUUCUUUUUGCCCAUUGUUUCUUCAGGACUUGAAGCAUUGACAUUUAUGGGAAAACGUCUGUAUACAUAAUACAUUCCUCCCCCCCCCCUUUUUUUUACCAACUGUCUCUUUUCCUUUUUUUGUUUUUUCAGACUAUUCUCAUUUGAAAGAUGUUUGUUUUCUUUUCCUUCUUUUUGUUUCUCUACUUCUCCCAGUGAUUUCAUCCUGCUUCUUUUAAAGGCUUUCUUUAAAAAUAAAAUGCAAUAAAAAUGAAAAACUAUGAACUUUGCCUUUCCAUGUUUUUUCCUUUUCUUUUUUAACUUAUCUUGGGUGGGUAGGUGGGGGGGCGGUUAAAGAAACAAUCCUCUUUGAGAGAAGGGGGUUGACAGACAUUCCAGCUGCCCCAAGGAAAGGGCUAGGACAGGAGGCAGUCAAAAGAGGACAUAAUAGCACUCUGCAAUACACAAGUCCAAUCAGUUCUGUUUAAUGGUUACUAAAGAGAAGAAAGAAACCAAGUGGGAACAAUUGUGGUCCUUUCAUGUUUUAUACCCAACGCUAGCACACGGUAUUCCUUCCACAUGCGACUGCACAGGUCAUCAAAUCAUCACCCAUGUACAAAUGGUCUAAUGACAGCCUAUACAAAGGUGGCUCACCCAUGCAUUUAUAGUCGCUCGGCAUCAAACGGUGCUAAUUUUAAGUAGGCCACCCCAUGUAGUGCACCCUCCAAAACAACACCCUUCCACCAUUUAUACCAAAUCUGUUCCUUUUUCAUUCGCAGGAAAUAUUUAGUAUUUCAGAAUCUCAUUCGUGCAUUGAAGUGAAAAUACUGUUCACCUGCAACUCAGCAGUCUGAGACCCAGGUGUUGCCAGAUUUCUGUCAUUUGUUCAUUAAGCCCAGGGCUGUAGCUUGCACGACACUUACAAAGGCCUUCUUCUAACACUUUCCGCCGAAUCUUGGUGUGUGAGAGUACUGAUCACCAUAAUUUAUGAUCCUACGGCAGUGGGGUGGCUCUUCACUCUCGGAACCCCCUCACUGGGCCGCAGCGACUUCUAAAAACACCGCUUGCGCGGGCAGGACAUGAGAUGCGGGAGCGGAGGGUUUCCAGACUUUGUUCUCUGGCCUUGAAGGUGAGGUGCAGGAGCCGAAGCCGACAGGCGGCACAGUGGAUUUCACUGCGGAGGGCCGGUGCGGGAGGGGGGCCCCACCUGCCUGCCUUCCGAUCCCCUCCCCGCCUCCAAGUUUGGCUGGUAGCGGCCCCACCCACCAGUGGGCGCCGGCCGAGGGGCUGCGGCGCGCGCGGAGGCCGCGGGCGCCGAGCGGCCGUUGGGCUCCGCGGGCCGGUAGCGCGGCUGGCGGGGGCGCGCGCGGGGAAAGACCCCGCGGGCCGCGGCUCACGGGGCGGGCGCGAGCGUGCUCCGUUGGUGAGCGAGCGCGGCUGGGCCCCGCCCGCUCGGCGCGCGUCCCCGCAGGUCUGCUCUCCUCCCCCAGCCCGGGGCGGACGGGGUGGAUCCAGCUCACUCCCCUCCCCCGAGUGCCGCGGCGGCGGCAGGCGCUAAAUGAGAGACGCUGACUGCUCGGGUCGCCGGGCGCUAGCCUAGGCGGCGGUGGCGGCGGAGCGUGACGCCGGCGGGUCUUCCCAUCCUCCGAGGCGACGGCCGCGGCUGCACAGGAACAAUGAUGUAUGUGUGGGCUUGGACGUGAAGCAGCCAGUCCGUCGUCCGUGCCGGCAGCCUAGCGCCGGGCGGAUGUUGCGGGGAGAUGGACCUGACCAACGGGCAGGCGAGCGGUGCGAACACCGCGGCGACCGCUUCCGAGAAAAGUAGCAGUUCUGAAUCAUUAAGUGACAAGGGUUCUGAAUUGAAGAAAAGCUUUGACGCCGUGGUUUUCGAUGUUCUUAAGGUUACACCAGAAGAAUAUGCGGGUCAGAUAACGCUAAUGGAUGUCCCAGUAUUUAAAGCCAUUCAACCAGAUGAGCUUUCAAGUUGUGGAUGGAAUAAAAAAGAAAAAUACAGUUCCGCACCAAAUGCAGUUGCCUUCACACGAAGAUUUAAUCAUGUAAGCUUUUGGGUUGUCAGAGAGAUUCUUCAUGCUCAAACAUUAAAAAUUAGAGCAGAAGUUUUGAGCCACUAUAUUAAAACUGCUAAGAAACUGUACGAGUUGAAUAACCUCCACGCGCUCAUGGCAGUGGUCUCGGGCUUGCAGAGCGCCCCGAUUUUCAGGCUGACGAAGACCUGGGCGUUAUUAAGUCGAAAAGACAAAACCACCUUUGAAAAGCUAGAGUAUGUCAUGAGCAAGGAAGACAACUACAAGAGACUCCGAGACUACAUAAGCAGCUUGAAGAUGACGCCCUGCAUCCCCUACUUAGGUAUCUAUUUGUCCGACUUAACAUACAUCGACUCGGCCUACCCGUCAACUGGCAGCAUUCUAGAAAAUGAGCAAAGAUCAAAUUUGAUGAAUAACAUCCUUCGGAUAAUUUCUGAUCUGCAGCAGUCGUGUGAAUAUGACAUCCCCAUAUUGCCUCACGUACAGAAAUAUCUGAAUUCCGUUCAGUACAUAGAAGAACUGCAGAAGUUUGUGGAAGAUGAUAAUUACAAGCUCUCGUUGAAGAUAGAACCUGGAACCAGCACGCCCCGCCCUGCUGCCUCUCGGGAGGAUCUCGUAGGUCCUGAAGUGGGAUCCCCACAGAGUGGGAGGAAGAGCGUGGCCGCCGAGGGGGCCUUGCUGCCGCAGACGCUGCCCUCGCCCCGGAACCUGAUCCCGCACGGCCACAGGAAGUGCCACAGCCUGGGCUACAAUUUCAUUCACAAAAUGAACACGGCAGAGUUUAAGAGCGCCACGUUCCCGAACGCGGGGCCCAGGCACCUGCUCGACGACAGCGUCAUGGAGCCCCACGCGCCAGCCCGCGGCCAGGCUGAAAGUUCUACUCUGUCCAGUGGGAUAUCAAUAGGUAGCAGUGAUGGUUCUGAACUAAGUGAAGAGACCUCAUGGCCUGCGUUUGAGAGGAACAGAUUAUACCAUUCUCUCGGCCCGAUGACCCGAGUGGCACGAAAUGGCUAUCGAAGCCACAUGAAGGCCAGCAGCUCUGCGGACUCCGAAGACCUGGCCGUGCAUUUGUAUCCAGGGGCUGUUACUAUCCAAGGUGUUCUCAAGAGAAAAACUUUGUUAAAGGAAGGCAAGAAGCCGAAAGUGGCGUCUUGGACAAAAUACUGGGCAGCCUUGUGUGGGACGCAGCUCUUCUACUACGCUGCCAAGUCGCUCAAGGCCACCGAGAGAAAACACUUCAAGUCCACGUCGAAUAAGAACGUGUCCGUGGUGGGGUGCAUGGUGAUGAUGGCGGACGACCCGGAGCACCCCGAUCUCUUCUUGCUCACUGACUCGGAGAAAGGAAACUCAUACAAGUUUCAAGCUGGCAACAGGAUGAACGCCAUGCUGUGGUUCAAGCACCUGAGCGCCGCCUGCCAAAGUAACAAACAACAGGUUCCUACAAACUUGAUGACGUUCGAGUAAGGGCCUCAGCGAGAAGAGAGGUGAGCUGCCGCCCCCAGCGGGGACCUGCGGGGCGAGCGCCGGCUGAGGGCUGAGAACCAGCCCUGGGCCAGGAGCGCCCGGAGCUCCCGGUGCGGCCCCGGGGGUUCGCCGCCACCCUCACCGCACUAACUCCGGGGAGUGAAGCGAGACAUUCCCGGAGAACCGCCUGGACUCGCAAACAAACUGCCAUGGACCACGCCUCUGAUCUCGGGACUGACCUGUGGAAACCACUGCCUUAAAGAGUGAAAGGAGAACCACCAUGCAACACCAAAUAGUGUGUGUGAAUCUUCUGGCGGUGCUGUGCUUGGAGUAGAUCAUAAAUCGCAUUUCUUUUUAGAUCUGUUAGAUCUAAAUAGAUCUAAUUUGCUUUUCUUUUAACUUUGUACUACUUUUGGGGGAGGGGGAGUCGCCUUUUUUAGAUACACUUUAAAAAGAAAAACGUCCUCCUGAUGGGCUCCGUCGGGAGCGGGUUUCGAACCCAAGGCACAGGGGUCCUCCUGUGGGCGGGACCCUCUGCUGGCAGCGGCCCCUCAGCCCCCUCGACCCCCGCAGCAAGAGCCCAGGGACCAGAAAUGUUGUCGUGUGAGUUGCUGGGACUUUGUCUGGGACUUGGGGAGGGUUUUUGUUUGGUUUUGGAUGAGGGAAGAUAUUUUUAAACACUAAACUUCUGAAACUGAGUACUGUAUGGGGAGCACGACUUCCUGCAGGAGGCACAAAGGCUGAGUGUUCGCACGCCAGGCGUUUCUUUCCAGUGGGCUCCGGGAAGCACGGCUGCUCUCCCCUGGCUGCGCGCUCAGCCCUCUGUGCGAGUUGCUUGUCGGACCCCAGGUCGCCUGGGGGAGAGUGGGGCCCCUGAGGCGUGGCAGGAAUGACAUGGUCCAGCUCAGCUGUAUUAUCUCGUCUGCCAGUCACGGGGGAUUUUUUUUUUAUCAUCAAGGUGAUAAAUUGCUGUUUCCUUUUACAUCAUUUUUUGUGCACAAUGCCAGUGUUUUUGUUGUUUUUGUUCAAUGUGAGAUUCAGGAUCACAUUUGUUUAAGAGAGAUUCCGCAUAUGUAUGUAUUUUAUUAUAAGACGUACAAAAUAAUUUUAAAAGAGAAAAGAUUGAGUUUCUGGGAAUUUAAAAUAUCCAAACUCUUCUUCUUAUACAAUUUCCCUUUAUUACAAAAUGAUUUCCUGACCAAGAAAAAAAAAAUAUAUAUACACACACACACAUAUAUAUAUAUAUAUAUCCCUGCCAUUUCUGCCAUGAAACCCUAUUUUGUCAGUAGUUGAGCAAGAAGUUUUGUGAGGGCUCUUCUAUGCAAUAAUGCAUCUAAUAUCCAAAGUAGAUACUGAAUUACAAGAAACAAAGAUGGAAGGUAAGAAGCCUUAGUUAGAGCUUUAACAGACAAUGGCAUUUGAACAAAGGCUGUGUGUUGGGCGUUGUAAAUGCAUGAAGUGUCGUGAGUUCAGCUCUGGUCCAGGGUCACGUGCAUUCCGACUGGCAUUGUCUGGUAGGCCCCUGCUCCUUGAGGCUUCACAUAGAACCCCUCACACUGGCAUUCGUAGAAAAUGCUCCACUUUUUUGUCUUAAGUAUUUCACUCUCGAAUCCAUGACAUUUAAAUAGAAAAUAUUGCCCACAAAUCUAAUAAUUAGCUACAAAUCUAUCCAAGGGAAGUAGAAGAGCUUUCUCCUGAGUGCUGAGUUUUUCUAAAAUUUAGAUUUCUGUUUCGAAAGGAUGUUGACAGUUCAGGUAUUUUUCUCAUGCGGUGCGGUUGGAAAUGCCAUUAUUUCUGGUUUUGCGGGGAAUGACGUGGGCGGGGGGUGGGAGCGCAGUGUUGCCUGUGCUGAGGGGCUUUUCGGUGACUGACCCCGAGCCCAGCCCCCGCCGGGGACACGGAGCGACGCCCCCUGCGGAGCCGGCAGUAUUACUGUGCAGACCUUGCACAGCUUGUUUUUGGUUUGCUUUUUUUUUUUUUUUAAUUUUCUUAAUUUGUUUAUUUCUUUUCAGAAACAAGUAUUUUUAACUGUGUACAUGCUUUUUAAAAAAUAUUGUGGAUGAGAGCCCUGUGGAUUUUUUGUUAUUAUUGUGUUUGUUUGUCGUCCAUAAGCUAAAGUAGAUGCGCCGUAGG